GCUGCCCUUCGGCCGGAGCGGCGGUGCGCAAGCGCGCUACAGCUCGGGCCGUUAGCUGCCCGUUCCGCUGCCUGACUAAAAAGCGCCUCAGCUCCCUUUGACCGCACUCUGGGCGGGGGGGAAGGAUUUGCGCUCCCGCUGCUUUACCAGCGACUCGUGCGCUUCGCCGGUUUCCAUUUCACCCCGUCAAACAGGGCGGCUGCCCGUGCUCGCCGCUCGCAGGCGUUCGUGGCGAGGAGCUGCGAGCCGGCGGGGCCUGUCGCGUUCAGGGGUCUUUCGUGGCGAGGCGCCGCAGCCGGUGUGCCGCCGGGGCCGCUCGCCGGUGCUCCCCGCUAUGUACUACAAGUUCCACGGCUUCACGCAGAGGCUGGUCGGGGCGGCGGCGGCCGACGCCUACAACCCGCAGGGACUCAAACCAAUAGUUUCCACUGAAUCCCCAGCUCUGACAACAGCUAAACUUGCUUCAGAUUUACCAGCAACUGAUUCUUUCUUGGGUAAAAACAAGGUGCCAGACCUACAGAAACUUUUUCAGAAACCAGAUGGGCUGCCAGUACACCUGAAACGCGGAGUUCCAGAUAGGCUGCUUUAUCGGACCACUAUGGCUCUAACAAUAGGCGGGACUAUCUACUGUCUAGUAGCACUGUACAUGGCCUCACAACCAAGAAACCAAAAAUGAAUGAACCACAACUCAUGGGACUCAUGUCACUUCUCUGAAGGACCUCCUGCAUGUAUCUCUGCACUUGCUUUCAGUCUGUGAUCAUGUGGGGUUCGUUAUUCAGAUCACAUUUCUCGGAGAGAAGAUUAUUAUAUCGGUUGCCUUAUGUGUUCUAAAAAUCCAUGUAAACCAACAUAAAGACAUAUUUUAACAUGGUUUCAGCUUUGUACUUGUUGUCUUGCAGGAGUGUGUGGAUAGCUGGAGAAAGUGAAGCUUUUCCUUCCUUCCUUCCAGCUUAAACAAUUAGAGAGAGGACAGAACAAAUACUUUGUGGGCUAUGCUCCACAUUCCCUAGUGGGGGGCUGCUGCUGGUUUUCAGAAGAGUAACAGCAAAUCAUUUCAUUAUUACAACAUGUUGGGAACCUGCUUCUGUCAUACACAGCUCAUUUUACAUAAGCAGGUGGUAGUGGAAUUUCUCCAAAUGCUGGUAUACCGUAAAUAAUGUUAGCAUCACUGUAUGCCGCAGAGAGCACCGUUAUCAUAGCAUCAGUUAUACCAGUUUUUGGACUUUCAUUUGUCGAACUAUCUUAUUGUGCAAUAAAGAUAAUUACAUGAGUAA